AUGCAACUUAGGAAAAGAAAGAGAGUGCAAUAUGCAUCCCCCGUCAAGUCAGAGGACAAUGCCUCGACUUCCACCCCCACUUCCGUCUCAAAUGAACCGAAAAGAAGACAAAGACAAAAAUUGCAUACGGAUAACAAAUUGAAUCCACCGGUCUCUAUCCCUCCCAUAAGAAGGAAAAGGAAGUAUUCAACGAGACAAGAACCAGAACCAAGAGUGGUUGCUUUACAGCGACCUUGUUUCAAGUCCACUGUCAUUUCCGAGCAACAGGAAGAGGUGAGUGCGCCAUUGGAUCCAAAGUCUCAUCUCUCUUUAUUAAUGCAAUCUUGGCAACAAUUAAAUGAUGGUCUAGUGGGAAAACAUGACGAUACGUUGAGGAAGGUUUCCGCACAUUUGAAACAAUUUAUAAAUGCUAGAUGGGAUGUCACUCCUGAGGUACCACCAGUGGAUAUUCAACAGGAUCUGAAAUUGAAACUACUGACUUUGCAUUCGUUGACUACAAACAAUACGGGAGGCGGUAAGAACUUGUUAGGUGCUGUUGCAAGAAUUCAUGGUAUUGAUAUUAGAGAUAUCAAAGAUAUCGAAUCGUUAUCCACCACUAUAGUCGCUAAUGAAAUUAAAUCCAUAUGUAGAAAAUUGGAUAAGCCAUUGCAGAAGGAAAGAAACACUUUACUACCAUGGCCUAUAAAGCAACCGAAAAAGAAAAAGACAGAGGUACACGCGUCCAUAGAUGAUAAUGCCGCUAGUCUUCCGUUUGAGGAUAUUCCAUUGUACAAUAUCAACUAA